CUCGGGUGGAGUGUGGAGAGUGGCGUCUUGUCAAAGGGUAGGCCCUACUUGUGAUUGUGAAGGAAGAGCGAAUGACACGAUGCCAUGUACCAUCAAAGUUCCAUGUCCUGUAGAUGGACAAUGGCAGCCGUGGGCGCCGGUACUGCAUUGCUCUAAGAACUGCGGAGGAGGAACCGGCUACAGUAAUCGUACCUGUAUCCCACCUAGAAACGGAGGCAAUCCAUGUCAGGGAAACUUUGAGAAUUUCGAGCUUCCUUGUAACACUGAGGCCUGUCCAGAUGCUACCCUUCCCCCUGAACUUGAAAGUGGGUUGAGGACAUUACUAGAUGGAAGCCAUGUUAAUCUUGUCCGAGAACCUGAUGAGGAAGCUUUAAUGGACUGCACUGAAGCUAUCAGACUAGUUCAUCAGAACUAUUCAGACGCUCGUGUAGAAUGGAGAAGGAACGGACAACGACUAGCAAUAGAUGGAGCAAGGAUACAGUUAGACACUGGCAGGCUGGUCUUUGAAGCAGUGCAUUCCGGUGACAAUGGAGUUUACACAUGCCAAGCCGAAGCUGGAGGUGUAAGCGACGUAGUAUUAGCUGUGUUCAGUCUAGCAGUACCACCUGAGGCUCCUGAUAUCCAGGGUUAUGAGGCUGAAGGCUUGGAAAUACCAUGUAAUGGGGAACAGUUAGGACUACUGUUUGAUGGCUUUACAACACAAUGGUAUAAAGGAGAUAAACUCAUUAAAAGUUAUGAAGAUGUUGAACCAGAAGAGGUUAACGUGGAACAUUUUAAGAACAUUGAUGAGAGGUAUGCAGGUGUAUAUAGGUGUGUUGUGAUACAUUACAAGUCACAGAGACAGUGGGUCACUAACAUCGCACAGGUUGAAGUUUUGCCUAAAAGAGCUAUGACCAAACGCUUGAUGGCGAUGGCGAAAGAGAAGGCAAAAGGUUCGUCGUUUAUUUUGAUAGCGGGCAGUAUCGGAGGAGUCCUUGUCGUGUUUCUCAUUGGAUGCUGUAUCUGUGUCUGCUGCUGCUUCGGUGACGAGGAUGACUUGGACAAGGAUAGAAAUCUUGACAAAGAAGCAGCAAAACCGUUACUCGGUGAUGGGGACAGGAAACAUGGUAAACCAAAGUCUGGAGCUUCGUCACCAGUGAAGAAGAGUACUACGAGUCCCGCAAAGAAAAUGCCAGUUGGACCACCUGGUGCGGCAAAGCCUCAUGCUGCGAAACCUGGUAUGCCAAAGCCUGGUACGGCAAAACCUGGUGCUGCAAAACCAGGUACUGCGAAACCCGGUAGUGCGAAACCCGGUAGUGCGAAACCCGGUAUCCCUCAGAUCAAACCUCCCGGGAAAGGACCACCACGAUCUCCUGGAAAAGGUACAUCUAGCCCUCCGAAAAAAGGGCCUCCGAAAUCCAUGGACAAAGGGCCACAAAAACCUGUGGAUAAAGUACCAUCUAAAUCUUUACCAAAGAAAGUAGGUUCUUCACCACCUAAAGCCCCUGGUAAAACACCACCUAAAUCUCCUGGUAGUAUACCAACAAAGCUUCCAGGAAAAGUGCCCCCGAAACCAUCUGCAGGAAAAUCAACAUCAAAAUCUCCAAAUAAGUCCGCCGGUAAGUCCCCUCCAAAGCCAGCUAACAAAUCACCGGGCAAAGGACAAGCGAAGCCAGGAGUUCAGAUCCGUCCUCCCCCAAAAGGUGGCUCGCCUCAGAAGAAACCCCCAAAGAAAGUGUGAAAUCAGGGUUAUCUCGGAUAGGCAGAUGAUAAUGUAUAUAUUGUCAUUACUACCUGAAUGCCCUCCAAUUACUCCCGUUGCUAAAUGGAAUGAUCUUGAACGAACAGUCUUUAAAAAUAUAUUCAUAGAUGCCACAUUAAGAAUUGUAAACAAAAGUUUAUCCACAUUUGAAAUAUUUAUUACAUUCUAUUGCUAUUAAAUGUUAUUUUAAGUCUCAUAUAUUAAGAUGCAUAAAAACAUAAAAAUACUGAAAUAUUGAUGUGCUUUGUUUCGGUAACGGCAUUGAUUUUAUCAACGUCAACAUUUAGUGGCGUAAUAAGUCAAACAUUUUAAAGGGGUCAGAAUUGUUGUAUGUAGCAACCUUUUUAAGAAAGCUGCGAGCAAGCGAAGCAAGCAAGCUAAAAUGUUUAGCUGUCUUUAUAUACAAAAAUUUAGUUUUCAAAAGCUUUUGACAAAAUAUUCAGAAAAUUAUAUAUUUCAACAUUUUCUUUUACUUUUUAUUCGUCUUUCCUCUCUCUUGCUCUUUUUGGUCGUGACAAUUUUGGGCGUCCACUAACCCCCCCUCUAU